CAAUGACACAACAACACAUCGCUGUCUUAACCUUCGAGUGCCUCAAAUUCACUCACUUCGCUUUUGUAAAUUGUAACUCUAUAUCUCUAAGCAUCCUCCUCUUCUUUUCUUUCUCCGUCAAACUUCGAGGCUCCGUGCCCUGAGCCCGAAAACGGAAAAAAAAAAAAAAUCCAACUGAUUUGCUCCCAUUUAUUUGCCCUGCAUUUGCCAUCACUUUCUAGGGGGAAGUUUAAGAAGAAAUGUACUCGGAUAUUCGGUCUUUACCGUUGGAUGGAUGUGUGGGAGAUUAUCAUGGGUCACUUGAUGGGACCAACUUGCCUGGUGAUGGUUGCUUGGUCCUGACAACUGAUCCGAAGCCUCGACUCCGAUGGACAGCUGAACUCCAUGAACGUUUCGUCGAUGCUGUUACUCAACUUGGCGGCCCUGACAGUGAGUAUUCGUUUCUGGGUUUUACUGGAAGGGACUGUCUUCUUAAGGCAACCCCUAAGACUAUUAUGAGAACAAUGGGAGAAAAAGGCCUUACCCUCUAUCACUGGAAGUCAACAUCUUCACGGUUUGUUUUACCUGCCCAUCUCUUCAAUGUUCACAAUUUAAGUGAAAUACGGCUGGGGACGCAAGCUUGCAAGGAAUCAACUGAUAACCCUAAGGAUGCUUCUUGUGUCGCAGAAAGUCAGGACACUGGUUCAUCUACAACAUCAUUAUCAUCGAGAAUGGUAGCACAAGACUUGAAUGAUGGUCACCAGGUUACCGAAGCUCUUCGAGUGCAGAUGGAAGUGCAACGAAGACUACAUGAACAGUUGGAGGUACAGCAUCGACUUCAACUUCGGAUUGAAGCACAAGGCAAAUACCUACAGUCAAUACUCGAGAAAGCCUGUAAAGCUUUGAAUGAUCAGGCUGCUGCUUCUGCUGGUCUUGAAGCUGCCAAGGAAGAGCUUUCUGAACUGGCUAUCAAGGUUUCCAAUGAUUGUCAAGGGAUGGUUUCCUUGUCUGAACUUGCUGCUGCUCUAGACAACAAAACUACUUCCACUAUGCCUGCCCGGAUUGGCGACUGCUCUGUUGAAAGCUGCUUGACUUCUGCUGGAAGCCCUGUUUCUCCGAUGGCUGUUGGUUCACAGGCAGCUAUUAUGAAAAAGAGGCCAAGACCCUUGUUUGGUAAUGGAGACCCUUUGCCCUUGGAUGGCAACAUAAGGCAAGAAAUAGAAUGGGUGAUGCCAAGCAGGGCAUUUCCGGCUUAAAAAUGAUACAUUAUCUCUUUUUCUUUUUUUUUUUUCCCUUUUUGGUUUACUCCUUGUCUAGUUAAUCUAAAUGUCAAUUUUCUUUUGUCAAGUGUAUCGUCGGUGGGCUGUACAUUCUAAAAGCAGAUCUUUUUGAAUAUGGGGCUACCUCCAAAACUUGAGACUGCCUUCCUUUGCACAGUGUUAUGAGACAGGAUUUCUAUAGUUCACCUUUAAAUUUGACAUAGAAUGCAUAAUCAAGAGAUUCAAUAUAAGAAUAUAGUUGGGGUUUAUACCUAAUACGUCCCAAGGACAAUCAA